AUGGCAUCCCCACAAUCGCCAGCGCUGCGCUCCCUAUACCGCCGCAUCCUCCGCGAACUGCCCUCUCAGUACGCUGGGCGGCAGAAGCUGUCCAAUCCCUCCACUCUUCAGCAGACCAUACGUUCCCGCUUCGCCGCAUCAGCAGAGCCACCGGCGUUGCCAGCCCGGAUACAGGAAGUCGAGCAGUUCGUGCAAUAUGCGCAGGCACAACGGAUGUACUCGACAUUGAUCGAGCGGUACAACCCCGGCAUGGGCAUGGACGAGGAGGAGAGAGUGCGGCUGUCGGCACGGAGGGUGGGGAUGGAUUUGCCCCAGGAGUUUGGCAAAGAGAAAAAUUGA